AUGGAUUUGGUGAAGGUGCUGCGGUCUCGGUGCCGUGGUAUGCCGUCCCGCCUGGAAGUCGCUGCGCCAGGAGCUGCUGAAGGACCCUGGAAAUGCUUUCUGCGGGCCGUCCUGCACGGGGACCCCGCUGUUCGGCGCCGCCCGGUGGGACGGAGGCCCUGUGGGAGGCGCUCGUCACCUGCCCUGCGGGGCCAGGCCCUGCUGCCUCCCGCCUCGGAGGGCGUGUCCCACUGCCUCCCGACCCCGACCACCGCGUCCGGGCCGUUGCUUCUGAUUUUAGAUGACAACUUCUAUUACCGAAGCAUGAGAUACGAGGUCUACCAGCUGGCUCGCAAGUACUCGCUGGGGUUUUGCCAGCUCUUUUUAGAUUGUCCUCUGGAGACCUGUGUACAGAGGAAUGGCCAGCGGCCGGGGGCGCUGCCCGCCGAGACCAUCCGCCUGAUGCGGGGGAAGAUGGAGGAGCCCAACCCCGAGAAAAACGCCUGGGAGCACAACAGCCUCACGGUGCGGAGCCCCGCGUGCUCGGCCGCGGCCAGCCCCGAGCUGACCGGCCUGCUGCUUGCUGCUCUGGAAAACCCCGUGAACCGUGUCGAGGACAACGCGGAGCAGAAGGAAACUGACAGAAUUAUUUGUUCAACCAACACGCUUCACCAAGCUGAUCAGACGCUGCGAAGGAUCGUCUCUGAGACAAUGAAGGAAGCAAAAGUUCGCAGGCCAAUGCUCUAUCCACUGAGCCAAACCAGCUAGGGCAGCAGUGCCACUCUGAGGCACACACGUUCCCAGCAGCAGCAUUCAUAAGAGCCAGCAGGUGGAAGCAACCAGAUGUCCAUCGGCGGACAACCAUCGGUAGAAAAUGUGGUAUCACAUACAGUGGGCCGUUCGCCAUAGAAAGGAGUAAAGCGCUGAUGCACGUUCCAUGGGCGAACCAUGAGCACAUUAUGCAGAAGGAGAGCAGCCCAAGAACGGCCACGGCAGCCCAGGCCCCGGAAACGUCAGGACAGGGACAU